UCCGCGCUUGCUGCUCUCAUUGUCAGUAGAUUGUCAGUACCGUUCGGUUACUGUAGCCUACUAAAUUGAAAAACCGCCGGAGGAAAGCAGAAAACAGCAGCGCGAAUUGUUCUUACGACCCUCCCCGUGUUAUCUUCCAUUAAAUCCGUUAUGGUAAACGGAGAGUUAAACGAAGAAAACACGUAAGCAGCAACAAUUUAAUUCGGUGGAAGACUACUGGCUGUUGGAGCAGCUUUUUCAUCACUCGUGCUGAGGAGAAGCAAGAACUUACGUUAAAAUGUUGGACCCAUCAUCCAGCGAGGAGGAGGCGGAUGAGGUUGUGGAAGAAGAGCCCAAAGUGGUGGCGGCGCCCAAGGCUGGUGGUCCUCGGGUGUCUCCAAGCAGGACCAGCGAAAGCUCUGGUGGGUUGCAGCCAAGCCGAAAUACCAAUGCCCGCCCAACGAGCCCGAGCCCCUCAGUGGCGAUCGAGAAGGAAAAGGACGAUUUGGAAAAGAUGCAAAGGGAGGAAGAAGAGAGAAAGAGGAGGCUUCAGCUUUACGUCUUUGUGAUGCGCUGUAUUGCCUAUCCGUUUAAUGCGAAGCAGCCGACCGACAUGGCGAGACGACAGCAAAAGAUCAGCAAGCAGCACCUUCAGACAGUUAAAGAUCGUUUCCAGGCCUUUCUGAAUGGAGAGACUCAGAUUGUAGCCGAUGAAGCCUUCAUCAACGCUGUCCAAAGUUACUAUGAGGUGUUCCUUAAAAGUGACCGUGUGUCCCGUAUGGUCCAAAGCGGCGGCUGCUCAGCCAGUGACUCUCGUGAGGUCUUCAAGAAGCACAUCGAGAAGCGAGUCCGCAGCCUGCCUGAGAUCGACGGUUUGAGCAAGGAGACUGUCCUCAGUUCGUGGAUAGCCAAGUUUGACACCAUCUACAGGGGAGAAGAAGACCCACGCAAACACCAGCAGCGCAUGACAGCCAGCGCUGCCUCCGAGCUCAUUCUCAGCAAGGACCAGCUGUAUGAGAUGUUCCAACAGAUUCUUGGCAUUAAGAAGUUUGAGCACCAGCUGCUGUAUAAUGCUUGUCAGUUGGAUAAUCCUGAUGAACAGGCUGCCCAGAUCAGAAGAGAGCUGGAUGGACGACUCCAAAUGGCUGAUCAAUUCACCAAAGCUGGCAGGUUCCCCAAGUUUGUGUCCAGGGACAUGGAGGCCAUGUACAUUGAGGAGCUGAAGUCAUCAGUGAACCUGCUGAUGGCCAAUCUGGAGAGUAUGCCGGUGUCUAAAGGAGGAGAGUUCAAACUGCAAAAGCUCAAGAGAGGCCAUAACACUUCCAUCAUUGACAUGGGCCAAGAGGACGAGAAUCAGCUCUCCAAGUCUGACGUAGUUUUGUCUUUCACUCUGGAGGUGGUGAUUAUGGAGGUACAGGGUCUAAAGUCUUUAGCGCCAAACCGGAUUGUUUACUGCACCAUGGAGGUGGAAGGUGGACAGAAACUUCAGACCGACCAGGCAGAGGCCUCCAAACCAACUUGGGGUACUCAAGGAGACUUCACGACCACUCAUCCACUUCCAGCAGUAAAGGUGAAACUCUUCACUGAGAGUACAGGAGUGCUGGCACUGGAGGACAAAGAGCUGGGACGGGUUGUAUUGCAUCCAACCCCCAAUAGUCCCAAACAAUGUGAGCUCCAUAAAAUGACUGUUGCCAAAGGUUGUCCGGAUGACCUGAAGAUCAAACUGGCUGUCCGUAUGGACAAACCACAGAACAUGAAGCACUGUGGAUACCUUUGGGCCAUUGGGAAAAACCUGUGGAAAAGAUGGAAGAAGAGAUUCUUCGUCUUGGUGCAGGUCAGCCAGUACACCUUUGCCAUGUGUAGCUACAGGGAGAAGAAAGCAGAACCUGUUGAACUUCUCCAACUGGACGGAUACACUGUGGAUUACACCGACCCUCAGCCAGGUCUGGAUGGUGGUCGGACGUUCUUCAAUGCUGUGAAGGAGGGAGACACUGUGAUCUUCGCCAGCGAUGAUGAGCAAGAUCGAAUCCUGUGGGUUCAAGCGAUGUAUCGUGCCACGGGCCAGUCCCACAAACCCAUCCCCCCGACCCAGGUGCAGAAACUCAACGCCAAAGGAGGGACAGCACCACAGCUUGAUGCUCCCAUCUCUCAGUUCUAUGCAGACCGAGCACAGAAACAUGGAAUGGAUGAGUUCAUCUCCGCUAACCCCUGCAAUUUUGACCACUCUUCGCUGUUUGAGAUGGUUCAGCGGUUGACACUGGACCACAGGCUCAACGAUUCAUACUCCUGCUUGGGUUGGUUCAGUCCAGGUCAGGUGUUUGUAUUAGAUGAGUACUGCGCCAGGUACGGAGUGCGAGGGUGUCACAGGCACCUGUGUUACCUGAAUGACCUGUUGGAGAGGGCAGAGAAAGGGUCCAUGAUCGACCCCACAUUACUGCACUACAGCUACGCCUUCUGCGCCUCCCACGUGCACGGCAACAGCCAAAGAGUGAAUGAGCUAGUAAAAUGGCCCAUGUCAGAGACCGAGCUCCUUAGUUCUCUGUUUCCCUCCCCCCCUGAGCCCUUGACCCCCUCUAAGAAAGAGAACAAAAUCAUGGAGGUCUGGAGAAAAAGGGAGUCUAAGUCGCAGGUGCUCACAGGCCCCAGAAGGCCUGAUGGAAUUGGUACUGUCACAGUAGAAGAGAAGGAACGGUUUGAGGAGAUCAAAGAACGACUGCGCGUGCUGCUCGAAAACCAGAUCACACACUUCAGGUAUUGCUUUCCAUUUGGACGCCCAGAAGGAGCCUUAAAAGCCACGCUGUCACUGCUAGAGAGGGUCUUAAUGAAGGACAUUGUGACACCCGCACCUCAGGACGAGGUGAAGGCAGUGAUCCGUAAAUGUCUGGAGCAGGCAGCUUUAGUGAACUACCAGCGUCUCUCAGAAUAUGCCAAGGUGGAAGUAGAGAAAUCUCAGAGGGAUCAGAUGGAUGCAGAAAAUGUAGGGCGCUUAGUCACACCUGCCAAAAAGCUUGAGGACACGCUCCGUCUGGCCGAGCUGGUCAUAGAGGUGCUUCAGCAGAAUGAGGAACAUCAUGCAGAGGCAUUUGCUUGGUGGUCAGACCUGAUGGUUGAACAUGCCGAGACGUUUCUGUCUCUAUAUGCUGUGGACAUGGACGCGGCACUGGAGGUCCAACCACCAGACAGCUGGGACAGCUUCCCUCUCUUUCAGCUGCUCAAUGACUUCCUGCGCAUUGACUAUAAUCUAUGUAAUGGGAAGUUUCAUAAGCACCUGCAAGACCUGUUUGCUCCUCUGGUAGUGAGGUAUGUGGAUCUAAUGGAGUCCUCCAUAGCUCAGUCCAUACACAGAGGAUUUGAACGAGAGUCUUGGGAACCUGUCAAGAGUUUAACAAGUAAUCUGCCCAGUGUCAACCUACCAAAUGUGAAUCUACAAAUGCCUAAAGUACCAAAUCUACCAGUGUCAGUUAAUCUGCCACCAAUGCAAAUGCCUAGCUUUUCCACCCCCAACUGGAUACCGGGUUUAUCUGAUACUGACAGUAAUGGAUCAGGGACAUCAGAAGACUUGUUUUGGAAGCUGGAUGCAUUGCAGACAUUCAUCAGAGACCUACACUGGCCAGAAGAAGAGUUUGCCAAGCACUUGGAGAGCCGACUCAAACUCAUGUCCAGUGACAUGAUCGAGUCCUGUGUAAAAAGAACCAGAGCAGCCUUUGAGGUGAAGUUGCAGAAGAGUCCACGCACUACAGACUUCCGUGUCCCCCAGUCCAUAUGCACCAUGUUCAACGUCAUGGUGGACGGCAAGGCCCAAUCGGCCAAACUAUGUGCUAUGGAGCUCAGCCAAGAGUUUGUUAGAGAAUGGAGACAGUACCACUCGCAAAUUGACAAUCUCAUCGAGGAGAUGGUGAAAGAAAUGAUUACUUUACUCGUGGCAAAGUUUGUUGUGAUCCUAGAGAGUGUUCUGGCGAAGUUGUCACGUUAUGAUGAAGGCACACUUUUUUCCUCCUUCCUGUCAUUUACAGUAAAAGCUGCUUCAAAAUAUGUGGACGUACCUAAACCUGGAAUGGAUGUUGCCGACAGCUAUGUGACAUUUGUUCGCCACUCUCAGGAUGUCUUGAGGGACAAGGUCAAUGAGGAGAUAUAUAUAGAAAGGUUAUUUGAUUGCAAAACUCUGGAAGAGGAUUAUCUUAAGAUGUGUUCUCACACAAAGGGGCAUGCAGAUCAAUGGUACACCAGCACAAUGAAUCUCCUGGGCACCUGGCUGACAGACCGUAUGGACCUGCAGUUGCAUGUGUAUCAGCUGAAAAUCCUCAUCAGAAUUGUAAAGAAAAAGUAUCGUGAUUUCCGGCUACAAGGUGUGUUGGACUCCACUCUGAACAGCAAGAUGUAUGAGACGGUGAGAAACAGGCUGAUUCUAGAAGAGGCUACAGCAUCUGUAAGAGAGGGAGGGAUGCAAGGCAUAUCCAUGAAGGACAGCGAUGAGGAAGACGACUAGAUCCUGCUGGAGACAAUUAGGUGUGGACAAUUCGGUCAGACACGUUUAUCGUGGCCUAAAAUUAUGCAUGUACACCACUGUCCAUCGCUCGCACAUGUCUGGAUGUUGUUAACCUCAUGUUCUAUGACAAAUAAGGGACCAACUUCGAUUAAGAUUAAACUAAAAAUACGAAUCUCUAUUCAGAUGACAAAAACAAAAGCGUAUAUUAACCGAACUUAAAAUUAAUUGACACAGUUUGAUGUUUUUCUGGGGGAGAAAAAUAAGUGAAAUGUCUGAAAUUCAUUUCUAAAUGUUUCUAAGCAAUAUGGAGUACCAUUCGUGAAAGAUGUUGUGUGAGAUGGUAAGGAAUAAUGCUCGUCGUGUCCCUGUUCAAUGCAAAUCUGUAUGGCGCUGCUUCAAUGUAUUGUAAAUAUAUUAAUGGUACAUAACUGUGCAUAGACCUUGUUUCUUUUGGAGUGUAGGCCAACUGACAUGAUUGUAUUAACUUGUUCAGAUGUUUAUAUAUUCAGCUGACUGCGACAACAUGUCAAAAAUCCACAAUGUGUUUUACACCCAAAAUGUUUUGAGACACCUUUUUUAACGAUAGUUAAAGUGGUAUGUUUGUAGCUGUAUUUUAGAGACGCAAUAUAUUCCCAUUGCUUAUUUGUGAUAUACUUAAACUGACGUCAAUACUUUUUUAUGUUUUUAAGCCAUGCAUAAUUAAAAAAAAAAAAAAAAAUUAUAAAUAUAUUUAUUCUGUAUUUUGGGGGUGGGAUCACAAGGAGGCGUUUUGUUUGUAUACUUUUUGUUUCUUUGCAACAAAGCAUUUCUGAUCCUUUUAUUUGGAUAGCCUCUAAACGCUUGCAGGUUUUCAUCAUUACCACUGUUGUUUUGUGUAUACAGCGCUUUAUAUUCCCCUCUGUGCAGUAGCUGCAUGUCCCAAUUGUCAGAAAUCUUAUCUGAAAGCUUUUGAUUUUGUGGAAAGUAACCGGUGGAUUCAUCUUGCGUCGGCCUUAUGUACACCCACAGUUGGAAUGCAAGAAUCUGGGCUUAUAAAAAUAAAAGAA